AUGGAUGCAUGGUCAAGUGGGCAAUCAAAAGCUAUGGGCAGUGUACUUUGGGAGUCUGUGAUAAAGUACUUAGAACUUAUGGAAGCUGACUACUUCGACUUAGAGUACUAUGAUGAAACUAAUUUACAGUGUUGGCUGGAUCGAGAGAAACCCAUUUUAAAACAAAUUCCAAACACAGAUGUUGAGUUUCGAUUUGCUGUUAAAUUCUAUACCCCUGACCCUGGUUUGCUGGAAGAGGAAUAUACAAGAUAUUUAUUUGCUCUUCAAGUAAAACGGGACCUCAAAACUGAAGCAUUACCUUGCAGUGACAAUACAUUGGCUCUUCUAGCUUCUUAUAUAGUUCAAGCUGAAAUUGGUGACUUCUUAGAAGACGAAUAUUUAGAUGAAUCCUAUUUGAGUCUCCAUAAAUUUGUGCCUCAUCAAUCUCCUGAUCUCGAUCUUAAGAUUAUGGAAUAUCACAGACAACACAUUGGCCAAGGUCCUUCGGAGGCUGACUUAAAUUUAUUAGAUACAGCAAGGAAAGUAGAACAAUAUGGAAUAAGAAAUUUUCCAGCGAAGGGUUACUACAAGGAUAUAGUGGAAUUCUUCUUUGAGAGUCGGAACGAAUGCAAAGGAUUCUGGAAGAAAUGUAUAGAACACCAUGCAUUCUUUCGAUGCCACACGGUGAAAAAACUACCACGGAAUAAAACCCGUGUUGUGAGUCGAGGGUCAUCGUAUCGGUAUAGUGGUAAGACACAGAAGCAACUAAUGGAAUAUGUCCGGGAGAAUUAUGUGAAGAAGCGACCUUUUGAAAGGUUUAUUUGGCAAUAA